AUGACUAGCCGUGUCACACGUUCCGCAGCAGCCCGAGAGGCAGCUUUGCUUGCGGCAAAGGCACAGGAUGUCAAGCCGCAGCUAGCCGACUCGAACGGUCCAGACGUCUCGCUGAAGACUGGAAAGUCUACUUCUGGUCGGAAGAGAAAACUGCCCAUAGAGCAACCAGAAAAACUAUCAAAGUCAUCAAACAAGAGAAAGGCAAAACCCAGUUUGCCAAGUCUCAAUGUGAAUGACGACCUUCCACACAAUCUGGGCUCAGUCUCUCAGCCACUUGAGAGUAUCAAUGCAGAACCUAAACUCAACAAGCAGGAUCCCGGCAUCAAAGAGGAACACGAUUUAGACAAACUCGCAAGUGAUCUUCAAAAGACCGUCGCCAAAGCUACAGAGGGACUACCGCAACAAAUCAAAAUUAGCAAGAAGAAGAAUCCUUAUGGUCUUACGCCCGGAGCUACCCCAUUUCCUGAAUGGGCUCGGCCCACCCCUGAAGAAUGUGAGGAAGUGAACAGGCUCCUCUCCAGUGCUCAUGGAGAAGUCAUCCCUCCUACUAAGAUCCCAGAGCCGUCUCUCACGGUUACGGGGUGUGGCGAGGUUCCUUCAGUGCUAGACGCACUCAUUCGCACGCUGCUCAGCGGUGCCACGACGGGGAGAAAUUCCGCUUUGGCUUUCGGUGGUCUGGUACAGAGGUUCGGUAUUCUUGAAGAAGGUAUCGGCAAGGGAAGUGUCAACUGGGAUGCCAUCCGUCAAGCACCGCUGAAAGAUGUCUUCGAGGCGAUCAAGAGGGGCGGUCUGGCGGAUAUCAAGAGCAAAAAGAUCAAGGCAAUACUGGACAUGGUUUACCAGGAGAACCAAGAGCGCAAAAACAUUCUCGUGAAAGGAGAGUCGGACGGGUCCUCGGACCUCACGGCAAAUACCGAGGGAGAGAAGGAGUACGAGAUAGCGUGCGCGGAUCAGAACUUCCUCUCACUGAACCACCUCCAUACUCUCAGCACGGAAGAUGCCAUGACAGAGCUGGUCAAGUACCCAGGGAUCGGUCCCAAAACGGCUGCCUGUGUCAUUCUUUUUUGCUUGCAACGCCCAUGCUUUGCGGUCGAUACCCAUAUUUUCCGUAUCUGCAAGUGGCUCGGCUGGGUGCCUCCAGGUAAAGCUACCGAGGUCACUGCUUUCAGUCAUCUUGAGGUUCGCAUUCCGGAUCACCUGAAAUACUCUCUCCAUCAACUUUUGAUUCGCCAUGGAAAGACUUGUCCUAGAUGCCGAGCGAUCACCGGGCAGUCCUCCGCUGGCUGGGAGGAUGGGUGUGUGAUCGACCACCUUGUAACUCGAACUGGAAAGAGAAAAGAGGGAAACGCGAAGGUGCCUGUGGCUAGCAAGAAAAGGACUGAACGAAAGACCCGCGCUGAAACCGAUGAAAGUGACGAAUGA